GAGAAAUUUCACACGUUCCAAUAAGCGCCUUGCCCGCUCUGAUCCUCGACGUCCGUUCUUGGUCGGACGGUCUCGCGGUCACGCCGCGAACCUUUCCCUCAAAAAAUCAAACCAAACACCCACCGCCACCGGCCAGCGGCUGCCGGCGCCACCGCGAUGGAGCUCUCCGCCGCCACCGCCUUCGAGGAGCGCGUCCAGCAGAUGGAGGACGCCCGCAACCACCGCCUCGCCCUCCUCCACGCCGAGAAGGAGCUCCAGGCCGCCAAGUCCCGCAUCCUCGGCGCCAAGCUCGCCGCCGCGCGCCGCCUAGAGCUCCGCCGCCUCCUCCUCGAGCGCCGCGCCGCCGAUAUCGCCUCCCGCGCCCUCGCCGCCCGGGCCGAUAUCGACGCCGCUCGCGCCCGCCGCCACGCCAUAACCCGCAAACUCAGGGGCGAGAUCGAGGAGGUGGAGCGGAGGGAGGAGGACUGGGACCGCUUCUACGAGGCCAAGAGGAAGGAGAUGGAGGAGUUCCAGGCGGUGUCGCGGGGGUUCGAGGCGGAGGCUCGUGAGGAAGUGCAGAGGCUGAGGGGUCUGGUAUCUCAAUUGAAAUCAACGCUGAAAGAGCUGCAGAGCAGCGAGAUGUACUCAAACAACGCCGGGAUUGCUGCGGCAGAAGCCAGGAAGUCCGAUCUGACGGCAAAGAAGGCAAGGUUGGACGAGAUCCUGGCUUCAGCCCGCCAGUUCAGAGCGCUGCUUCAGCAGUAGCUCCAGAAAGCUUUUGAACUUCAGGUUGGGGAUCAAAAGACAGCCCACACUACCAUCUGAACUCCAGAAAGCGAGGACGCCUGCAUCGGUACGUCCAGUGACUUCUUUCCGUUUCAUGCUCGAUUCAUCGGUUGUACAGGUGAAAAAAACUUGAUAGGUACCAAGAGAUAGAAGGUUUCAUUUCAGUUGUC